CCUUGUGCCGCGGAUACAGAAGUUCAUAUUGCAAUCAGCCAUUCGUUCGUGUUUCGUGGUGCGAGCGUCUCGCCACCGAAAAGCAUCAUCGACUCGCGCUUGGAGGAGAUGGCGGUGCUGCCCGGGGCGCCGCGCCGCGGCCUGCGCUACACCGAGCACGUCGUCAGCGAGGUGACGUCCCGCCAGCAGGUGCGCCGCGUGCCCCACCCCCCGCCAGAGGGCCCCGGGUCGGCGGGCAGCAGCAGCCCCUGCAGCUCCCUGGGGAGCUCCCCCGGGCCGGGCGCGCGCUCGCUGACCUCUGCCCACGGCGGCAACGGCGCCCUCGCCAUCUUCUCGUUCGCGCUUCCGGCCAAGCAGGCCCGGCUGGCCUACAAGGAGCAGCAGCAGGCCAUCCGGGCCGCGCUGGACGCCGCGCCCGGCCUGGCCGCCGCCGGCAGCACGCUCGGCACGCUCGAGAAGGGCGUCUUGUUCCCCAUCGUGCACGUGUGCGACGGCGGCGCGCUCUUCCAGCGCUACCUGGACACCGGCUGUAUGCUGACCGAGGACGCCCUGGGCCCGGACUACGCGCUUUACCAAGGCUCGUACCAGGAGGUGCGCUGCAUCGCCCCGGAGGGCGCCGACCUGGCCGCGCCGCCCUUCGACCAGCCGGGCGCGCCGCGCGACUUCCUGCUGCUGGGCUUCAAGGGCGUGGACGAGAGCUUCAGCCAGGUCCUGGAGGACUCCUGGAAGGACUGGACCGGCGCGCGCCACAUCUACCUCUUCCUGCCAGACCUGCUCGGCCUGGAGCGCAUCUCGCUGUACCGGCGCGUCGAGCCCGACCACAUGCAGCUCUUCAAGUACCUCGUGCUGGCCCGCCUCGGCCCCACCCCCACCGACGGACAGGCCACCAAAGCGCAGGAGGUGCUACUCGACUACGCUCAGCGCCUCCGGGUGCACAGGAUCAGCGCCUAUCUUUCCGUGUACCGGUCGCUGCCGAAGGGUGGCGGUGGCUCAACCUGGACGUCGGCGUAGACGGCGCGCACGUACCGCCCCGUGGACUGCCACCGAAACUUAUAGUUGAUUGCAACUAUUGCUGAUACGUAGCGAGCGUCUUGCCUGACAACGUCAACGCGGGAGCAGAAGGCUGCAAAUCAGCCUCCCUCAGGGACAAUACCGUAAUAAAAAUAAUGUAAUUAAUAUGACAAAGCUAAUCAAACAAAACAUAGUUUUGUUGUUGUUAUCGUGUGUGGGUUGAGUUUGUACAACCCACUUUUACAUUUUUCUAAUCUAGUCCAAAAAUAAUGUAAUUGUUGUAUUCAUAGUAAAAUUGAUAAUAAAACUAGGAAAAAGAGAAA